CGGGCGGCGGUAGCGCCCGUACCGGUGCCGUGCCGAGCCGUUCUGUCCCGGUGCCGGUGCCGUACCGGUACCGUGCCGUGCCGCAGGAUGCUGCCGCGCUCGUGGCGCUCGCUGUUCUCGGGCCGGCUGCUGCUCCUCACCAACACGCUGAGCUGCGGGGGGCUGCUGGCGGCGGGGGACAGCCUGCAGCAGUGCUGGCACCGGCACCGGCACCCCGAGAGCCCCGCGCAGCCGGCGCGCACCGGGCGGAUGUUCGCCGUGGGCUGCAGCCUGGGGCCGCCGAUGCAUUUCUGGUACCUGUGGCUGGACUCGGCGUUCCCCGCGCGCCGCCUCGGCACCGUGCUGAAGAAGGUGCUGCUGGACCAGCUGGUGGCCUCGCCCAGCCUGGGAGCCUGGUACUUCGUGGCCAUCGGCACCCUGGAGGGCCAGUCUCUGCAGGAGAGCUGGGACGAGCUGAAGGAGAAAUUUUGGGAAGAAAGAGCCCANGACUGGAGCGUGUGGCCGGCGGCGCAGAUCCUCAAUUUCCUCUUCGUGCCGCCCGCCUACCGCGUGGUUUACGUCAACGUGGUGACCCUGGGCUGGGACACCUACCUGUCCUACCUCAAACACCGGGUGAGCCCCGCCCCGAGCCCCGCCCGCCCCGGGAAUCCACGGAAUCCAUGGAAUCCACAGUCACAGAAUUCACAGAAUCCACACAAUUACACAAUCCCGGAAUCACAGAGUCACAGAAUUCACGUGAAUCACACAAUUCACACAAUCACAGAAUUCACACAAUCACAGAAUUCACGUGAAUCACACAAUUCACACAAUUACGGAACCACAGAAUCCACACAAUUCACACAAUCAGGGAAUCACAGAAUUCACGGAAUCACAGAAUUCACAGAAUCCACCCAGUCACAGAAUCCAUAG